AUGUUCCCUGGUCUGCCCAUCUACGCCUCCAAAGACUUGGUGACGUGGACCCAUAUCGGAAACGCAAUCAAUCGCGCUGGUCAGCUGAGUCUACAGCAAUCGUAUACUAAGGUUUACGGACCCGAUAGCGCUGAAGAGUUCAUGUCGGCCCAGGGCGGCCUUUACGCUCCCUCGAUCCGAUAUCACAAGGGCAUAUUCUACAUAGUCUUUACCAGCGUCAUCCACAAAAUAGAACUUCCAUCCCUAGAAAACGAGUUUCAGAACUUUAUCCUCACAACCGAUGAUAUCUGGGCGAACGAAUGGAGUGAUCCCAUCUUUUACGACUUCUUCAGAAUCGAUACGAGUCUCUUCUGGGACGACGACGACCGAGUAUACCUGAUCGGUUCUGCAGCUCAUGCUUCAGAGACCAAGAUUCGACAAUUUGAGAUUGAUCUCAAGACGGGCAAGAAGCUACCGGAAGAGUAG